GCGGUGCACGCUGCGCUCGGGCGUCAUGGCUGUAUCGCGCGGCUCUAAGAGGCGCCUGGCGGAGCUUACAGUGGAUGAGUUCUUGGCCUCCGGCUUUGACUCCGAGUCGGAGCCCGAGGACGCCCCGGAGGCGGCGGUGCGGGAGCCGCGCGCCCGCGGAGCCGAGCGCAUCCCCGAGCUGCGCGGCGAUCAGGCUUCGGCCAGACGGCAUAAAGGGCGUGCUUCUGAGCACAAGGACCAGCUCUCUCGGCUGAAGGACAGAGACCCGGAGUUCUACAAGUUCCUGCAGGAAAAUGAUCAGAGCCUGCUGGACUUCAGUGACUCAGACAGCUCGGAGGAGGAAGAGCAGUGUCAUUCCCUACCAGACGUGCUGGAGGAAGCAAGUGAGGAGGAGGAUGAAGGAGAAGACAAUGAUACAGUUCUCAGAGGACCGCAGAGGAAGAAGAAUGAGCCUACCCCUGUGACCCUCACCAUGGUCGAGAGAUGGAAGCAGGGGGCAAGGCAGCGUCUUACUCCCAAGCUACUCCAUGAGAUUGUACAAGCAUUCCGAGCAGCUGUGGCCACCACCCAAGGAGACCAAGAAGCUUCUGAAGCUUGCAGGUUCCAGGUCACAGACAGUGCUGUGUUCAAUGCUCUGGUCACCUUUUGCAUCAGAGACCUCUUUGUUUGCCUUCAGAAGCUUCUGUUUGGAAAAGCACUGAAGGACAACAGCAGGAUGCUACAGCCGUCCAGCAGCCCGCUGUGGGGGAAACUCCGUGUGGAUGUCAAGGCGUACCUGAGUGCAGUCAUACAGCUGGUGGGCUGCCUGGCUGAAACCACAGUGUCAGCGGCUGUCCUGCGGCAUGUCAGCAGCUUGGUACCGUACUAUAUGGUCUUCCCCAAGCAGUGCCGCAUGUUGCUCAAGAGGAUGGUGGUUCUGUGGAGCACUGGUGAGGAGUCCCUGCGGGUGUUGGCCUUCCUGGUCCUCAUCAGAGUCUGCCGGCACAAGAAAGAUGCCUUCCUGAGUCCUGUCCUCAAGCAAAUGUACAUCAUGUAUGUGAGGAAUUGCAAGUUCACCUCUCCCAGCACCCUGCCCCUCAUCAGCUUCAUGCAACGGACACUGACUGAGCUGCUUGCCCUGGAUUCCAGUGUUUCCUACCAGCAUGCCUUCCUUUACAUCCGCCAACUUGCUAUCCACCUGCGCAAUGCCAUGACUACGGGCAAGAAGGAGACCUACCAGUCCGUGUACAACUGGCAAUAUGUGCAUUGCCUCUACCUGUGGUGCCGUGUUCUUAGUGCCCUUGGCUCCAGUGAGGCCCUGCGGCCCCUGCUCUACCCACUCUCACAGGUCAUCAUUGGCUGCAUCAAGCUGCUGCCCACUGCCCGCUUCUACCCACUACGCAUGCACUGUGUGCGUGCUCUGACACUGCUGUCACAGAACACUGGCACCUUCAUCCCUGUGCUGCCCUUCAUUCUCGAGGUUUUCCAGCAGGUGGACUUCAAUAGGCGCCCAGGACGCAUGAGCUCCAGGCCCAUCAACUUCUCAGUGAUCUUGAAGUUGUCCAGUGCUAACCUGCAAGAGAAGGCAUACCGGGAUGGCCUGGUAGAGCAGCUGUAUGACCUCACCUUGGAAUACCUACAUAGCCAGGCCCAUAGCAUAACCUUCCCUGAGCUGGCACUGCCCACUGUACUACAGCUGAAAUCCUUCCUCCGGGAGUGCAAGGUAGCCAAUUACUGCCGGCAGAUGCGCCAGCUGCUUGAGAAGGUGCAAGAGAACACAGAGCACAUCUGCCGCCUCCGCCAGAGAGUCUCGUUCAGCGUGUCUGACCAGCUAGCAGUGGAUGCUUGGGAGAAGCAGGCCCAGGAAGAAGGGACCCCACUCACCAAGUACUACAGUCACUGGCGGAAGCUGAGGGACCGUGAGAUCCAGCUGGAAAUCAGUGGCAAAGAGCGGCUGGAAGACCUGAACUUCCCAGAGAUCAAAAGGCGGAAGGUGGAAGACAGGAAGGAGGAGGAUAGGAAGGAAUUUAAAGAUCUGUUUGAUCUGGACAGUGCUGAGGAAGAGGACAGUACAGACUUCUCAGAGAGAGGGACACAUGGGCUCCGGAGAGUUCAGAAGGACGUGGAAGAGGAAGAUAACAAUGAGGAAGAGGACACCAGUGACUCAGAGGAUGGAGGACAAGACAUAGGGAUGGGGCUGGAUCCCAGUGAACUGUGGCAGCUGGCCCACGGGCCACAGGAUGAGCUGGAGGAUCUGCAGCUCUCUGAAGAGGACUAAGGGCUUCCCACCAUGUCUUGGAGGCCUCAAGGCCACCAUCUGUGCAGCAAGAGGGAGGUAGACAGUAGACCGGGCUUUAUUGUUACAGCACAACAGACCAAAUGUAGCAAAAGCUGUUCUGAUCAGAGGAAGGGAGCUGGCACCUCAGAGCCUACCCUGCUUGCCCCCAGCAGGAUGCUAACCCAGACCUGAUGCCAGGAUGCAGAGGAAGGAGGGUGGCUCCAUGGCUUCUUCACCUCCCGUCUUUGGUUUGACUAUAGACCUCUGCAGCUACCCCCAGAAAGUCUUUGUAAACUCAUUCCUUUCCUCUUAAGUCAUAUAUUUUCUUUUUAAAAA